AAAAAUCCAAGGAUUAUAAUUGUGACUGUGCCAACAUUUUUAUAAGCAAGGUGGCGGCAAAUGAAUUUUAAUUUGCUGCUAGCAAAAUAUUUGCAGCCCGAAUUUCCGAACUUCCAAGCCUUGUUCCAGUUUAAUGAAAUAUUGUUUUGUUUUCUUUUAGCAAUGGAUAUUAGAAGUCUAAAUGGAUUUUCUUUGUUAUCUUUAAAACCUUCCAACAUUCACAACAAACUUUAAGCAUAUUUACUUACCACAAGGAAAAAAGAGUUUCCACCAGCAGCAGCAGUGAAUAGCAACAAAAUGCAAAAGGCAACUAAUUUCAUUAAUUCGACAAAGCUACCAAAUAAGUUCGUAAUCAAAUCCAGUACUUCAGCCAAGCAAAAGUUUCAUUUACAGCCGGAUUUCCAAAGAUUAACAAAUCUACCUCCCACGCACACAAUGGACCUAACUGGCCUCCGAGUGAACUCAUCCAUGGUGGGCAACCCAUUCAACCGACCCCCCAGACAGCUUUUAAGAAGUAUUUCCAGUGACAGCUUAUGGUCAGAGGACGAAGUCCUUCUGGCUCAAAAUAAUGGGGACGUUGCAACCCCAAUAUCAAACAGAAAACAUUCACAAAUGACGCAAACUGAAUUUUCCUGUAAUGCCAAUAUGUGUGGUAUAAUUAAUGCAAACACAUAUGAAAUCAAUUGUUUCUACUGCCACAAAAUCUUUCCCCUUAAGAAAUGGCCAUUCUUUACAAACCAUCUAAAACUUAUGCAUUCACCGUUAGAUGAAUCCAACAACAGAGCUGAUGAAGAGAAGAUGGAUUUCCAAAUUUCCAAGGAAACUGUUCAACAUUCAGAUAUAGAGUUUAACAAUGAUUGUUCCAAUGCAACCCAAACAUUUCAGAGGAAUCGCAAACGUUCCAUGUGUUAUGAAGAAGAAUACCAAAAUAUUGAAUUUUUAGAGGAGGAACCAAAAACGAAAAAACACAUUUCCUUGCAUCAAAGCCCUUUAGAUAGUGAAUUAUCUGCCUUAUGCGAAUCCCCUUCCGAUUCGUUAAAUCCAACAAAUAACAACAAAGACCAAAAAAGCAAACAGACUGAUACAAUGAUAAUCGAUGAUAAUCCCAUGGAAUACGCUGUGGAUGAUGACAUAACUCAAAUCUCAUACAACGGUCAAGAGGUCUAUUUGCCUCGUUCCUUAGAAGCUUACAUUAGCACAGAUGGAAAGAUCGCAACCAAAGCCAUAGCUUUGAAGCAAUGCAGCACUUUUGAUGAAUAUAUAAAAUCGGCUGAUGUAAAGGAAGACGAAGAAUCACCAAAUUAUAUAGCAUUGGACGAACGCAAAGAAGAACCACGUUCUGUUGAGAUAAUUUUUGACUGCAACUCAACUAAUUCCAAUGACAUCUAUGAGGAGGGGGAAGAAGAUACCACACCAAGUUUUGAAAUCUUGGAAACUAUUACCCAUGCAUCUCAAACUUGUUCGGAAACCAACACAAAGAAGCCCAUGGCCCAGGAGACCAUUGUAAGCACUGCCAUAGAAGCCUUAUCGCAGCCCAUGCGGGAUGCCGCUGUUAGCACCACCAUAGAAGCCUUAUCGCCGCCGAUGAGAGAACCCAUAGUUAGUACUAACACGGAUGCCUUAUCAAUGGUAGGUUUAUCUUUGAAAUCCCACAUGAUCUGCCCCCAUCUAAAGAUGCAUUUUACUCUCUGCUUCAAAGCCUACUACAACUACAUUGAGUGA